AAGUCCUCUAAGGCACCAGCCUCUUUCCUACACACGGUGUCUCUGGGAAAGAAAAACAAAACUUCGCCCAGAUGAAGAGAACCCACCUGUUUGUGGUGGCGGUCUACCUGCUGUCCUCCUGCAGGGCAGAGGAGGGGCUGAACUUCCCCACCUAUGACGGCAAGGACCGCGUGGUCAGUCUAACUGAGAAGAACUUCAAGCAGGUUUUGAAGAAAUACGACUUGCUCUGUCUCUACUACCAUGAGCCCGUGUCUUCAGAUAAAGUCGCGCAGAAACAGUUCCAACUGAAAGAAAUCGUGCUGGAGCUUGUGGCCCAAGUCCUGGAACAUAAAGAUAUAGGCUUUGUGAUGGUGGAUGCCAAGAAAGAAGCCAAGCUUGCCAAGAAACUGGGUUUUGAUGAAGAAGGAAGUCUGUAUGUUCUUAAGGGUGAUCGCACAAUUGAGUUUGAUGGCGAGUUUGCAGCUGAUGUCUUGGUGGAGUUUCUCUUGGACCUCAUUGAAGACCCCGUGGAGAUCAUCAACAGCAAACUGGAAGUCCAAGCCUUUGAGCGCAUUGAGGACCAUAUCAAACUCAUCGGCUUUUUCAAGAGUGAGGACUCAGAGUAUUACAAGGCUUUUGAAGAGGCAGCUGAACAUUUCCAGCCGUACAUCAAAUUUUUUGCUACUUUCGACAAAGGGGUUGCAAAGAAAUUGUCCUUGAAGAUGAAUGAGGUUGACUUCUAUGAGCCAUUUAUGGACGAGCCCAUUGCCAUCCCUGACAAACCCUACACAGAAGAGGAGCUUGUGGAGUUUGUGAAGGAGCACCAAAGACCCACUCUACGUCGCUUGCGCCCAGAAGAUAUGUUUGAAACAUGGGAAGAUGAUUUGAACGGGAUCCACAUUGUGGCCUUUGCGGAGAGGAGUGAUCCAGAUGGCUAUGAGUUCCUGGAGAUCCUGAAGCAGGUUGCUCGGGACAACACGGACAACCCUGACCUGAGCAUCGUGUGGAUCGACCCAGAUGACUUUCCUCUGCUUGUUGCCUAUUGGGAAAAGACUUUCAAGAUUGACCUAUUCAAGCCACAGAUUGGAGUGGUGAAUGUUACAGAUGCUGACAGUGUCUGGAUGGAGAUUCCAGAUGGUGAUGACCUGCCCACAGCUGAGGAGCUGGAAGACUGGAUUGAGGAUGUGCUUUCUGGGAAGAUAAACACUGAGGAUGAUGACGGCGAAGAUGAAGAGGAUGAAGAGGAUGACGACGACGAUGAUGACGAUGACAAUUCUGACGAAGAGGAUGAUGACAGUGAUGACGAUGAGGACUAG